AUGACUUCAGGUCCUGUGAUUCUUAUCACCGCUGGCAGUGCAGGUCUGGGCGCGGUGGUGGCCAGAACCUUCGCGCGGCAAGGGUACCGUGUGGCCAUUAACUACAUCUCCAAUUCUGAGCGAGCCGAGAGUGUAGUUGCCCAGCUAUCCGACCAAGAAGCGGGUCAGAGCGCUGGCGACCAGGAAUCAGCCAAAUACAUAGCCAUUCGUGCCGACCUAGGUUCUCGGGCUGACAUCCAUCGUCUUGUCAAGGAGACUCACGACGCCAUGGGUCGCAUUGAUAUCGUCUUUUCCAACGGAGGAUGGUCGAGGUUUCGGGAUACGACAUCCAUAGACGAUAAUGCUUUUGAAGAGGACUGGGACCAAGCCUUCAAUAUCAACGUCAAAUCCCAUCUGUGGGUAUUGCAUGCCGCAAAGGCUUACCUCGAGGAAGCAGAGGGGUCUUUCAUAACCACCUCUUCAAUCGCAGGGGCCUACGGUGUCACGAAAGCUGCUCAGUUACAUAUGGUCAAAGCGUUGGCCGGUAUGGUGGGCCCAAGCAUUCGUGUGAAUAGCGUCUCUCCGGGGCUACUUCAGACAAACUGGGCAAGAAGAUUCACGGAUGAGCAAAAAGAGACACAUCGGCAACAGACUAAGCUAAAGCGGUUUGUUGAGCUCGAGGAUGUGGCAGCACAGGUCCUCCUUCUCGCAAGACCCUCUUGCUCCUUCAUUGCGAUUAAUCUCUUCCGCAAUGCCCAACGACGCAGCUCCUGCUAUUUCGAGAACCUCGAGUUCAAAUUCAGCAAGGGCGCGAGCUUCGUGCUCGCGCUGUCACAAGAGGAAGAAGAGAUGCGACAGAUUAUUGCCAUCAUGCAAAAAUUGUGUCUCGGCGCGGGUGAGAUGUAUGUCCAGGGCCUAGAAGAAAGGCUUCGCCGUUUGGGGAGGGCUGUGAGUGCGAAAGAGCGGGACACGCCCCAAGAUACAGAGGCCACGUCUGUGUUGGACAACAAUCACCUCUACGACGACUCUGAGAUGCAAGAACCAGCAAUGGUAGACCCACAAUGUAGCCCCAAAGGCCUUUUCGGAGGCAAUGUAGAAACAGCACCCACCAUUACCGACAACGCCGAAGGUCUGAUACAAGGCCCUGCUGUGAACCCAUGGCCUGCACCAAACCAAACGUCAACCUUUGGCCAGCAAUUGACAGCGCUCUCGCUAGAGGCUACCGCAGAACGACACUUGGGAUCGACCACGGGGCUCUCCUUCGCAAACCUGACCCAGAAGAUUUUACGUCGCUUGACGCCAGACAAGGCGGAUUUUGUAUUCAAUAGCCAACAAGAAACUAACACGGGAAUCGAACUGUUGGACCUCAGCUCUCCUUCAGACCCCUUCAACGACUCUUUCUUCCAAAGCUUGAGUGAGUCCAUCUCCACCCAUCCGCUUCUGUUUGGUGACCUCUUCUUCGCCGAAUUGGACGGGUCUGGUGCCGCCCUUGAUCCUCUGGCCUGGCCAAGCGAUGAGACACAUGUGCGGCAGCUAGUGGACUUCUAUUUUGCUCACUCCCAUACCCUCUAUCCAAUCUUGAAGAGGUCCGAGGUCAUGGACACUCUUGAAAGCAUCUGUCAAGAUCCUCGGAACCUGGCCACACAAGCUCCCAUCAACGUUUUCAGAAUCUGGAUGGUCUUGGCCAUCGGGUCCACUGCUUACUCGUCCGUUACCCUGACUGAGGAAUCAGAAUCAAUGCUCUUUUACAACAACGCCCUGCAAUAUUCUGAGCAAGCCUUGGGAAGUGACGAAAUGUCCGCCUUGGAGGCCAUAAUGCUCCAGGUAUCCUUUUCAUUUUUCAACCAACUAGGUCCUAACACCUGGUUUCUUGUUGGUACAGCUGCCCGUCUGGCCUUGGGAAUGGGGCUCCAUGCGGCCUCGUCAUAUCGCAAAUUUCCUCUUGAUGUGCAACAAAGACGCAAGCGCAUCUUUUUUUCAAUAUACAUGAUGGAUCGCGUUGUUUCCAUUACUUUGGGCCGACCAUUCGCACUUCAUGACGACGAUAUAGAUGUAACGCCCUUUGAAAAUGCCGAUGAAGAAUUGAUACACGCCGACUGUAUAAUCCCUCAAACCUCCCUUCAGCCCUCGAUGAUGGCUGUUCCGCUGCAUAUUCUAUCGCUGCGGAAAAUUGCAGGCAAAAUCUCACGGAAGGUCUACAGAAAUGUCAAGGACGCAAAUUUGACUUUAGAAGAACGGGAGGCAAUAAUAGCUUCGUUACACCAAGAACUUCUCGACUGGCGCCGGAGCAUGCCCUUCCCGCUCCCCGACGUCAACGACAACGUACCACAUCUCAACACAACCUGGUAUGACUUCAAUUACUAUACUCACCUCGCCAUGAUAUACAGGCCAUCUCCAUUGUUCCCCGUUUCAGACUUGAAGCGGAUCAAAAUGCUAGAGACGGCAGCGUCAAUGUCACUCCGCCACGCAUUCAGCAUGCAUCAGCAACAACGAUUUGCCUACAACUGGUUGAAUUUUCUCGCUCUCUUCACGGCGACCUUGUCGUUGAUCUAUGCAAUAACCGCUCAACCUGAUGACCUCAGCGCCGUCUUGAGAAACACACGAGCUAUCGCCGACCUCGACCUCGCAACACAGCUUUUUGAGAUCCUCGGACUUAAGUUUUUGGAAGCCAAGAAGAUUCAAGGCAUGAUCGCUGAGAUAUCUCGGCGAUACAAAGAGGUUCUUGCCGCGAAGGACAUGGGCCCAAUAUGA